AUGUACGCUUCCCAUGUCAAAUACCCAAUCGAACCUGCACAUGCUGAUAGAAGUAGUCCCUGGUCCCGCAAACGCAAGCGCAUCACCAACAGCGUCUCCCCGCCACGGCCCAGCCCCCCACCCCGGCCGGCUGCGCACCCCGUCGCCCAUGAAACCAGCUACAGCGGACGCAGCGAGUACCUGAGCGGCAGCGUCCCCUUUGACGAGACCCUGGUACAUGUCCAGUCCGGCCAGGACGCCCCGGACACCGCCAGCGACGAGGACACGCAGCUCUUCCAGCAGCAGCGGGUCUACGAUCUUCCUCCGUCCAGUGUCCAGAGCCAUCUGAUCGACUGCUUCAUGCGGUACUGCGCGCCGUGGACGCCGAUCAUUGAGCCCGGGUGGCUACGCACGCCGUCCCCGUCGCCGCUGCUCCUGCAGGCCGUGUUGCUCGCGGGCAGCCGGGUGUCUCCGACGGCGUCGGCGGCGGUAUCGAGUAAGGAUUUCUACCGCAAGGCGAAGCUGCUCUUCUUCUUUGGUGGCGGGAAUGACUCCAUGGUCUCGAUUGUCGCGGCGUGUCUUCUACAUUGGUAUAACCCCGUCGGCCCGGAAAAGGUCUCGACGGACACGAGUGGCUUCUGGAUCCGCACCGCCGGCGCCAUGGCGUUUCAGAUCGGGCUGCACAAGGAGCCGGCGCUCAAUGCGAAGGACCGGGGGCUGAGGAGAAGGUUAUGGUGGGCUCUGGUGGUGAGCUCAGCGCUUCCCUAUUGUGUCAAUUUCAAUUUUUCCCAUGCGAACUCAGAGAGAGAAAAACAGGUACGCGAUAACAUCAUCUCGGCCGGCACAGGACGCCCACGCACCAUCAACCUGCACGACAGCGACGUUCUCCCGCCGACGCUCGACGACUUCGACGACCAGAACGACGACAAAGCGCAGCUCUUCCUCGCAUACACCACCAUCUGCCGCCUCCUCGGCGACACCGUCGAGGAAUGCCUCCGCAAAACGAUGACCGGGCGCCGCCGCAGCGAGCUCGAAACCGCCCUCUACCGCUGGAUCAACCAGGCGCUUCCACGGCUGCGCCGCUCGCAACCGCAACCGCAAACAGACGCCUUCGAAGUCAACCAGCUGCUCGUCGUCUACCUCGCCAUCCUCGUCAUCCUGCACCGCUCCCCGACCCCCAACAGCGUCCCCUCGGCCGCGUCCCUGGUCGCAGCCUCCAGCAUAGCCGGCGUCUUCGCGGACUUCCACGCCCGAGACCAGCUGCAGUUCCUGGGGCCGAUCUUCGCGCUCUAUGGCCUCACGGCUGGCUUGUCGCUGCUCUCGGCGUAUCGGUACCCGGCGCUGCAGGCCACCGCCGAGGCCGAGCUGUCGACGAUCAAGCUGUGUCUGCAGAGUCUGUCGAAGCGCUGGCGCUCGGCGGUGGGCCCGAUCCGGGCGCUGCACCGCUUGACGGAACAGGUUCGGCGGCAGCCGGUGUUUGAUGGCGGGGUGCCGCGGCUGGGGGACGAUCUGGUCGCCUUCUUCCAUGGCGUGGAGACGCGGUAUUGUCGGCAGUGGGAGAUUAUCCAGGGGCGAGACCCGGGGGGGAUUGGGUCUGGGGUGGCUGGGCCGGCGGAGCAGACGAGUGAAGUGCCGUUUGAUGGGUAUAUGGAUAUCCUAGAUCAGAACUGGGAGGGAUCGGGAUUCGACUGGAGUGGUUCGUGGUUACUGGAUAUAUAG